AUGGAAUCGAUUGCUAUUGCGGAACAGCAAACAUCAACUUCUGCAUAUCAUUUCAGCCAAACCAGCAACACUAUUCGAUUAAACUUCCUUCCAGAUAACAUCACUCUCGCCGACUUUCGCUCGCCACCGACCACCUGCUACACUCCACCGAUGAAAUCUCAUCAAUCUAAGAACAAGUUCAUAGCUUUCAGUUGA